CCCCGUCUCUUCUCCUCCCCCUCCGCCUCCUGCUCUCUCUCGCCUCUGGUGCGCAGAGCUCUCUUGAAGCCUCGAGACCCGUCUCGCCACUGCUGCUGUUCUCAGCUCUGCCGCUGCGCAAGCUGUUGCAUUGCAGUCCGCGAGCCUUGAGCUGCAGCUGCUAGCUCGCUCUUCACCACAGUCCGCAGACAUGGAGUUCGAAGACCGCUGCCACAAGGUCCAGGAGCCCAAGUUCGACUGCCUCCUCUUCGACCUCGACGAUACCCUGUACCCGCUGAGCUCCGGGAUCGCAGGCCAUGUCAAGAACAACAUUGAAGAUUACAUGGUUGAGAAGCUGGGUAUUGAUGAGAGCAAGAUCGAGAACCUGGGCAAUCUGCUGUACAAGAACUACGGCACCACGAUGGCUGGCCUCAGGGCGAUCGGCUACAGCUUCGAUUACGAUGAGUACCACGCCUUCGUCCAUGGAAGGUUGCCGUACGACAACAUCAAGCCCGACCCUGUUCUCAAGCACAUUCUCAAGAACCUGCGCAUCCGCAAACUCAUAUUCACCAACGGCGACAUGGUCCACGCCGUGAGAGCCCUCGAGAGGCUAGGCCUGGAGGACUGCUUCGAGGGGAUCAUCUGCUUCGAGACCCUGAACCCGCCGUGCCCGCCGCAGGGAGACGAGGAGCCGGAGAUCUUCGACAUCGCCGGCCACUUCGCCCGCUCCGGCACCGCCGACGAGCUUCCCAAGACCCCCGUCCUGUGCAAGCCCAACGUCGACGCCAUGGAGGAGGCGCUCAGGAUCGCCAACGUCAACCCCCACAAGGCGAUUUUCUUCGACGACAGCGUACGCAACAUCCAGGCCGGGAAGCAGAUCGGCCUGCACACGGUGCUGGUGGGCAAAUCGCAGCGGGUGAAAGGCGCGGACCACGCGCUGGAGAGCAUCCACAACAUCAGGGAGGCGCUGCCGGAGCUGUGGGAGGAGGCCGAGAAGGCCAAGGAGGACGUGCUCUACGCCGAACGCGUCGCGAUGGAGACCUCGGUCACCGCGUAAAACCUCCCGAAUCCUCCGGAGCCGAACUUUCUCGACAUCCAGAAACGCGACGAUCACACAUCACUGCCCGAGCCAGGGCUGGUGAGCUCACGCUGGAACUGACUGAAUCCAGCAAUGGCCGGGCCAAGGAUUUCCGACAGCAGGAGGGGGUGCAGCAUGUAAAGGGGGGAACAGCAGAUGAGAUCAUGUUUGGGAUGGUCCCAAUAUAUAGUUAUGUAUCAGCCAGACCUUUGUUUGUAAAUUACCAGCAUUAGAAGUAAUAAGGAAAUGGAGUUUACUUGUACGUU